GCCGGCUGGCGCUGGCUGCGGCGGGGUUGUUGUUUGUGCCCGGGUCUCCGCCAUGUUGGGACGGUGCGCUUUGUUGUAGAGGCGGAGGGAGGGAACGGGCCCCGGAGUAGCGCACCUCCGUAGGAGCUGUUCGCUGAGGGCAGGGGGAAUUAAAAAAAAGGAAAGAGAGCGAUUACAGCAGGUGGCGGGCUCAAGAUGAGAGUGAAGCUGGGAGACCGUUAGGGGACCGGGAGUGGACCGGAGCUGCGCCAAGCCAUGCCAUACCCUUCUGCAAAUCAAGGAUCUCUUCAGCCCCAAACCCAAAAGCACUAUGGUAUUACGUCUUCAAUUAGCUUGGCGUUGCCAAAAGAAAAUGAUUAUGUGCUUACCCAGAAACUUAUUGAGGCACUAAAACCUUACGGAGUUUUUGAAGAGGAGGAAGAGUUGCAGCACAGAAUUGCAAUUCUUGGAAAGCUAAACAGCCUAGUGAAAGAGUGGAUCCGUGAUAUCAGUGAAGUUAAGAACCUUCCUCCAUCCGUAAUAGACAAUGUUGGUGGCAAAAUAUUUACGUUUGGUUCAUACAGAUUAGGAGUGCAUACAAAAGGUGCUGAUAUUGAUGCAUUAUGCGUUGCACCUCGUCAUAUUGAAAGAGUUGACUUCUUCUCCUCCUUCUGUGACAAGCUGAAGCAGCAAGAUGAAGUAAAAAAUUUACGGGCUGUUGAAGAGGCAUUUGUACCAGUCAUUAAACUAUCCUUUGAUGGUAUAGAGAUUGAUAUAUUGUUUGCAAGAUUGGCUCUUCAGACAAUCCCUGAAGAUCUGGAUCUUAGAGAUGAUGUGCUACUUAAAAACCUGGACUUGAGGUGCAUUAGAAGUCUUAAUGGUUGCAGGGUCACUGAUGAGAUAUUACAUUUAGUACCAAAUAUUGAAAAUUUUAGGCUGACACUGAGGGCAAUUAAAUUAUGGGCAAAGCGUCACAACAUUUAUUCUAACAUACUAGGCUUUCUGGGUGGUGUUUCAUGGGCUAUGUUGGUGGCAAGGACAUGCCAACUGUACCCCAAUGCUGUCGCAUCAACCCUAGUACACAAGUUCUUCUUGGUUUUUUCAAAAUGGGAAUGGCCAAAUCCUGUUUUAUUAAAACAGCCUGAGGACUGCAAUCUCAAUCUGCCAGUAUGGGAUCCACGGGUUAACCCAAGUGACAGAUACCACCUCAUGCCAAUUAUUACACCAGCCUACCCACAACAAAACUCAACGUACAAUGUCUCUGCAUCUACCCGGGCUGUAAUGAUGGAAGAGUUCAAGCAAGGUCUUUCGAUCACAGAUGAAAUUUUAAUGGGUAAAAUGGAAUGGUCCAAACUCUUUGAAGCUCCAAACUUCUUUCAAAAGUACAAAUAUUUAUUUUAUUUUUCACAUCUAAUGCCAAAAUUUAGUAGCUGGAAACAUUUAUUUAUCAAGACCUUUUUCUGAAUUUGCCACUGGAUGGCGUAUUGCACCUUCCAACUGCUGCAUGAGACUGCUUGUAAUGCAUACUCUACGUGAUUGUUAUCUAUUUUUAAAUGCAUUAAAAAUGUUAAUUUUUAAUGUACUGUGUCUUUUUGAGUUUUUCUACACUGCAGUCAUUCUAGGAAUCAGUUAUAUCUAUAUAUUUUUUGAAAAUCAUGAAAUACAGCAAGCUAUUUUAAGACCCAGUAGGUAAAAGUCAUAAACUUUGAAAUGAACACUUUCUUCUCCGGAUGACUUUCUUCACCCACAGAGCCAUAAGGGCAAUGAAGGCUUUUAAUGUGAUCUCAUUUCUGUUCAGGUCUUAUCUGAUCUCGAAAUGUGUAGAAAUAUUACAUUUACCUUAAAUAGGGAAGGCCAACCUGGCCAUUAUUUGUUUGUUUGUUUAUUUAUUGUGAUACAGCACAAAAUAGGCCCUUCCUGCCCUUUGAGUCGAGUCGUGCCGUGCCACCCAGCAAAUCCUCCGAUUUAAUCCUAGUCUAAUCAGGGGACAAUAUAUAGUGAUCAAUAAACUUACCAAUUGGUACAUCUUAUUCAGGAAGAAUAGGUGCAUUGAAUGCUUCAGGUGGGCACUUGAGACUAGAAUUGUGCUUUACUUUGUUAUCUGAUGUAGUAUGGCAUGCAUAUACUAGUGUAAAACUAGGUUACUUUCUUUUAUUAAGGUGUUAUUUAGGUAGCAGCCCCCUUUAACUCUACAUUAGUAAGGAAUCAUAGACUUAAACUGACUAUUGAUUUUGCACUUAAUGAAUUCCUCAUGCUGAGAUAUUUGCUUCACAUUUAGGGGAUUUAGAUAUUUAAAUUAUACAACUUUUAGUAGGCUAGAUGCCAACAAAAUAAAUUUGCAGUGUUUCUGACUGAAGUAAUUAAUUUUGAACAUCAAUAGAUUGUGAAUCUGCUUUAUCAUUCAGUUAACAAACAUAGAUGCCUUUAUAAAUAGAGGGAAGGUACCAGACUUUAUAAAUCUAGUGUGUCCUUUCACUGGGGUAGAUGCAGUAUGAUAUAUUACUUGACUUUUGGCUGACUGGAAUGAUGAAAAUAUACAUCUAUAUAAAGAUUAUCUUUUUGAUAACUUCAAUUCACUUUUGAAUUUAAACUUUAUCAAUAAUUAGCAUUGAACAAUGUAAGUGACACAAAUAGUUGGUGCUUUGAACAAAUUAUUAGUUUUUUUGAACUAAAAUGCUUAACCAGUUAUAGUUCGUGGUUUAGGACUUUGGCAGUCUCUGGCCCCUUUGUAGAUUGGGGAUGUAACCAGUGAAGAAAGUCUUGUAUCAAAACCAAAAGUUGCUUGCCCUUACUAUAUGGGAAAUCGCUUUUACAGCAGAAACAACAGAUUAUGGGGGGCUUAAUCUCGUAUAAUAAAUUUUACUUUUGAUUUAGCUAUAUACAGCAUUGUAUUUGUAUAGGUAAAUUAUUUGACAGAAUACUGGUGCCAUAAUAAAUCAAUUAUUGACUUGAAAGAUUAUGUGCUUACUGAAAAAUACAAUAUUAAGAUUGGUUUCUUUCAGAAUAUUGUAUUCGAAGUGAGACUUGGUGUUUAGAAUCUGAAUAAUACAUGUUCUCCAAAAUAAUUUGGCACAUCCUAAAUGUAGUCCAACAAUAAACUGUGGGUUAAUUUGUAAUAUUGCUAACAUUGUGUUAAGUGUAUCCAUUUUCCUAAUAAAGACACUUUUCCUAGCAAAAUGGUUGAAUGUCUGUCUGUUAACAGCUGAAAUCAAGAAAUUCAGAAUGUUAUUAGCAGAAAGUGCUUGAAACUUAAACAACUACUAAAAUAAGUUAUGAGUUUUACAUUCUCAGGGUAUAAACUUAACUUGCCUAGCUCUGACAUAUGACCCCUAGUGGAAAUGUGUUCAGGCUUGAGGGUAUUAUAUUUGGACUGUAGUUAAAAUUGGAGCAGAGGUAAACGUAAAUCCUGCAUGAGAUUGUUUAAUAACUAUAUAGUUAAGUGGUUUGGGUGGAUUUGUUGUCUUGGAUCAUAUUUAUUGAAUUACAGUAAGUAGAGUCAUUCAAUGUGGUGUCUGUUUUCAUUUCAGAUUUAUAGUAAUGUAAGAUUAAAGAUGAUGGAAAACAGGAAAUUAAAGCUACUCAAAAUAAUGAACUUCUAAUUUUGUACCUUGCUUUCAUUCCCUGGAUGAUUAUAACUUGAUGUUAAUGCUACCUAAAAGCCAAAUACUGCAAAUGCUGGAAAUCUGAAUCCAAAUCUUAUGCAUUGUCAUAAGAUGAGGGUAUUGAUCUAGGCACCCAUCAUCUUCCACCCAACACACACCCUUUCUUUCUGCUUCACCCUGCCCAGCCCUCCGUAUCACUGCCAUAAACACAAGAGACUCUGCAGAUGCUGGAAAUCCAGAGUAACACAUAAAAUGCUGGAGGAACUCAGUGGGUCAGGCAGCAUCUAUGGGAAGGAAUAAACAGCUGACGUUUCGGGAUGAGACCUUUCGUCAAGAUAGUGAAUGUUCUCAACCUGAAACGUCGACUGUUAAUUCCUUUCCAUAGAUGUUACCUGACCUGAGUUCCUCCACCAUUUUGUAUGUGUACCACCACCAAAGGCUUAAUAUUCACCAAUCACAGCUAGAGGAUGUUUGUCAAGUUAAAUCACUUGCACUAAGUUUGGUUUGUGAAUAAUGUUACUUUUUUCUCUUUUUCCAAUACAUAGUGCAACCUGUGUUGAAACUAGAUGUAAUUUAGUGAAUUUCAUAAUUACCAGAAAUAAAGUUUCCUUUCAGUCAUUCAGUCCCCUUUGGAAUAAGCCUGAGGGGAACAUUGAACGGAUUUGCUAGAACUAGAGAUAUUCUUCCCAUAAUUACUUGCCUUGGAAAAAAAGCAUUCAACCCCCAACACUUUGUUCACAUAAAUGAGUAUUGCAACCAAAAAGUUUGAUCAAUUUAACUGAGAAUUUUUAUUGUAAAUCACGUGCUCCUUUCUCACUUUAGAGCCCAGAAAACAAGGAAAAUGGUAAAGCAUGAAAAAUUAAACAUUUACACCACACAUACCACUUAGUGUUGAAGCCAAUAAGUUCCACUUUAGUCUCAUCCAAACCAUGAGACCUUGUUCCACAUCUUUAUAGUAUCUUAUAGUAUCUAAGUGAUGCAUUGCAAAGUCUUUACAGGUAAGGAUAUGCUUUUUUUAGUGGUACGUGUGGCGUAAAUCUAAUACUGUGCAUUAGCCAGGUAACACCAUCCCUACUGCAAAGUAUGGUGGAGUUAGAAUCGUGCUAUGGGGAUGCUUUUCAGCAGCAGGUACUGGAAAUCUGGUCAGGAUUGAUGGGAAAAUGAAUGCUGAUAAGUAUAGCGAGAUCCUGGAUUUAAAACAAAACACCUGCUAGCCUCUGUCAGAAAUCUUAAACUGGGGGAAAAGGUUCAUCUUUCAGCAGGGCAAUGACCCAAAGCACACUGCCAGAGCAACUAUGAAGAGGCUUCAAAUGAAGGAAAGUGAUGUCUUUGAGUGGUCCAGUCUGAGUCUUGACCUGACUGAACGUCUCUUGACAAGACCUCAAGAUUGUCAUCCACCACAGCUCCCCAACUAACCUGCCACAGCUUGAGCAGUUUUGCAAGGAGGAAUGAGCAAAUCUUACCCCAUCAUGUUAUGCAAAGUUGAUACAGAUUUAUCCAAAAAGACUUCUGACUAAUAGCUGUGAGAGGUGGUUCAACAAAGUAUUGAGCAAAGGGGGAUGAAUACUUUUGAACUGCUGACAUUUCAGUUUUCCAUAGUUUGCAACUUUCCCUGUUUUGGGGCUCUCCAGUGAAAAAUGGAGCAUGUGAUUCAUCAAUUAAAAUUCUCAGUUAAAUUAAUCAAAAUUCCUGGUUGAAAUACUCAAUGUGAACAAAGGAUUUGGGGCUGAAUACUUUUUCAAGGCACUUUAAAAUGCAAAAAAAAUUUGAUGGGCCAUCUGUCAUGGGUUUUGUUAAUAUCGCACACAGUAUAUAUUCCUGUGCCAUGAAUUCCUAUUUUACACCUGUGAUUGUAGGCUUUGGUUUAACGAGUGAUACUCUAAAUUUUCCAUGUACAUUCUUAGUUCCAAACGAGUUAGUCUUUAACGCCGAUUUUCAUCCUAAUUUCUGAGGUGCAACAGAGUAAGUUGAAAUGAGACUGCAGUAUGCGAGAGUAUUGCACACUGAAAAUUUCCCAAACACAUCUCCAGAUUGGAAUCGUCAGGCUGGAGUGCAAGUUAGUGUUGCACUGGAUAGUUUGCUGCAGGCCUUAGUGUCACUUCCAAUGUGGCAUUGUGGCUUCUUGUAAAGCAAAGGACUCCAAAUGAACAUAGAAAAUGAGAAUGCAUAGAAUCUGAUCCGACCAGUAUAAUGUACUUGCUAGAGGUGAGAAUAUGAGUAAAGACUAUCCUUUGAGCAUGGAUUGCUUGAAAAAAGAGGAGGAAAGAAGGCUACGUACAAGUUAUGGGAAUUUGCACAUUGAGAAAUACCUUUUUAAUCGUGGUAAAAAGCCUGAAUAGGAAUCCUUACUGAUGUGGCAGAAAUAAGAUCUCAAAGCAGACUGAGAGUGAUGUUGGAGGAAACAGGGACAUUCUGUGUUUGGAGCUGACAGCAUUAGACAACUGAUCCUGUGCAAUGUGUGCUAGGAACUUCUUAUAAAAUACUAAUAAGGUAUAAUCUUUUGAACCGUGUCCACACUGGUAUAGGGAUGAACAUAGUAGGGAGCUGAGAAAAGGAUCUGUCCCAGGUUCUUUACGAAUUGGACUGGGUGGAAACUCUUAAGAUAAAGAGUUAAUAUGUAUUCCAGAUGAAUAACAUUGUGAAAAAUAAGCGAAAUUAGAGCAGUUGAACAGUAAACUAAAAAUGAAAUAAUUAAAUCUGUAGGGAAAAAUUAGCGAGUAUGUAAGAGUGGUUGUUAUGUAGCCAAAGUAAGCACAUGCAUGAAAGUAGAGUACAAGAAGAGGACUGAAUUGCAGGCAUGUGACAUACCCAUUACCAUACCCUUUAAUGAAGAUUUUGGAAUUUUUCUGACAACUUGGGUGAACAAGUAGUUAACUAUUUUCUCCAACUCCUUUCUUGAAUAGGCGUGUGACAUUUGCCACAUUCCAAUCCAUUGAGAGUAUACGAGUUUACCAGGAAUUUUGCAAGAUCACCUCCAGUGCAUUCAUAACCUUUGUAGCAAGCACUUUUAGGACCAGCAUUUGUAUGUCAGUAGUUCACAGGGGUCUGUCAGCUUUAAGUCCGUUAAUUUCUCAAGUUUCUAUUUAUUACUAUUAUUCAUUAGAUGCUGUGUGUUUUUCAGGUAAGUUUAUUGUGUCUUGUAUAUAAAAAGGUUUAUUGCUUCAAUUACUUCCAAGUACCCUGUAAGCAUUUCUUCUGCUUUCUUGUGUUAAGUCUUCAAUUUUAUAGGCUCUUGCAAUCUACUUGCCAUGUUACUCAUUUUCUAUCUUUUUCCUUAUUUGUAGAUUUGUGAAACACUGUCUUUUGGUUUACUCUUGUCAGCAUUGUCUUAUUUAAUAUAAUUCUAAAUCAAGUAAGUUGGUCUUGGAUGGAUUAAUUUUCCAGUGGAGAUUUUAUUUCUCAGUGAAAUUUAUUUUGCUGAGUUAUGGAAUAUUAUAUUAAAUGCCCUCCCUUUGUAUAACUACUGACAGACCAGCUUCAUAUUCAAACAGUUUAAAUUUAAAAGUGUAACAUCCAUCAGCUGUUGCUCGCCAACCUGAUACAGGAUACCUCCAUGUCAUGGGGAAAGGUGGGAGGGGUUCUUUCCCAGUAAAUGUGUCAUAUCAUGAUUUCAUUUAUCACGAAGCCAUGUCAUCUGCACAUGUCAACAAAUGCAAGUUGAAAAAAAUUGUGAUUUUUAUUUUUUCCACACACAUUACAUACAAUAUUUUACUCUGUAUCUAAAACCUUUGGGUAGUGAUUUGUGAAUUCUGUAAGAGUAAAUAUCUACCUCAAACAGUUGUAACACUGGGGUUUGCCUCUAUCAGUUUCUAAAGCACUGCAAUAUUUUUCCUUAGUUAACUGCCUUUUUACACAAACAGUAGUCAACUGUAACAAAUUAACUCCAAGAACUUAUCCUCAAAAACUGCCUUCAAUAGUUUAAUUUGAUCAAUAUACUAUAUAUAUGGAG